AUCGCCCGCUCUCGCCCAAUAAGAUACAUGUACAUGUACAUGUAAUUGUAAAUCUCAACAUAUGUUACUAUUUUCACUGACAAGUCUAGUUAUCCCCCUUUUAUUCAUUUAUUCGUUCAUUAUUUAUUCCUUUAUAUCAUCUUUUUAAAAACAGUUUGUCUCUUUCAUCAAUAAAAAUCCCGCUCUUCUUACACCGGCCCCGCGGAUCAGCGGAGUGCAUGAGGUGAAGAUUCUGCGUACUCUCAGGCCUCACACGCGUUUACAUACCCAACGCUAUGGGCGCCCUUCCCCGUGAUCCAAUUUAAUGACGUCAUCGUGUUUCAUAAGUCACUGUACAAAAAUAUACCAGUUUCCGAUCUUCCUGAUCCCCUUUAUACGAUCUUUGCGCGGCCUAUACACACGGAACUAAAAGAACUUCCUGAACGUAAGAUUUUACAGUACCUGGAUCGCGCUGGAGGUCUGCCACUUUUUGAGUUUCUUUUUCAUGUGUUUUACCGAGGAUUUGUUUUCAACUGAAAGCCAAGGUUGCCGAGCUUAUAACAUACAUCAAAAAGGGGACGCCAUCAUCGAGAUAAAUUGCACAGCAUGACUGUUCAGAGGUGGGCAAUGUAACGGAAGGCAAGAAUAGAUAUCAAAAGAGGCAUUACAUGCUAUGACAAAUGGAAGGGAGGGAGAGUCAGAAACAACAGGAGGAGGAAGUAGAAGAGAAGAGACUGCAGUUGAAGGAGGAAGGGUGGAGGAGACAACAACAAUCACAAGUUGCAAACGUGCAGGAGAACCGCAAGGAAAAACAUGGUAAACCUGCAAUUGAUACAAGUGUCUUUGACCAUCUUAUCUGGGAGGUGGAGUGUACCGCAAAGGUUUGGAAGUUGCUUGUGGGUAAGCAAGUUCCCCAUGGUAUCAAGGAAAUUGCUAUCAGGAAGAUCCAGACGUUAGCCAGUGGCUAUUGGCCUCGCAAACUCUGCAAGCCUUUGGUUGGCCGUCCUCAGGAAUAUGACAUUAAACUGUAUGAAGCCAAGCUGACCAAAGGCGGACGACUGCUGUGGGAGCUGGCGGUCAUGUUCUCACCACGGCUGUCUGACAGCACUGCGUCUGGUGAGGCAUGCUACUCUGAGGUUAUUCGAAUAUGGGAUAUCGUACUAGACCAUUCCAAUGUGUCUCAUGCCAUUGAAGUCAUCACACAGAAGUUGGAGCGAGGCAAGGGGUGCAGGAUCCGCAAAAAUCUGAUUGGAAUCACCAAAAGAAAAGCUGCAGAGGCUGCAACAGGGAACAAAGUACGCCACCCUACUCUCUUUCGGGAAUGUCAGUCCUCGACAUCUAAACACGAGAUGCAGUGGUUUCCUCCUGCCACCGACCAGCACAUAAUGAAGUUCUAUUCUUUCACAUCCAAUGUGGUCAAUGCUGCGCUUAACGACAGCCAAGUCGAAGUAGAGUUUCCCUUCCGAGUGACGGAGUUGGAGCAUGCCAUCAUCAACCUCCAGCCAGAACCACCAUCCUCAAUACUGCUUCUCGGCCGAAGCGGGACAGGUAAAACUAUAUGCUGUCUCUAUCGCAUGUGGACGACAUUUGUCAAAUAUUGGCAAAAAACAACUGAAGGACCCUGGAUCCCGAGAGAUUCUGGAUUUAUCCAUCCAGAUAGGGGAGAAGACGACACAGAGGCAUAUGUGUCCAGUAAGUACGACCAUCUCCAUCAGAUCUUCCUUACCAAGAACAUUGAACUUUGCCGUGAGGUUCGGAGAAACUUCUGCAACAUGAUCCGUGGUUGUCAGUUUGCUAAGGAGGCCCUGGCCCAGCUAGACAGGCCAAUCCCUCACCAGCUCCAGGAUGUUCAUCAGGCGCAGUUCCCCUUAUUCCUGACCUCUCGCCAGUUCCUUCUGCUUCUGGACGCUUCGUUGCCGAAUCCAUUUUUCCCAGAAGGUGUUGAUGGUUCACCACUAGAGGAAUUGGACCGGAAAGGCCUGGCAGAAAGGACCAGGUUUGACGAACGCAGUGAGGUCACCUACGAGGUAUUUGCCAAUGAGCUGUGGCCGCGCAUCAACAAAAAGAAGUUGAAGUGUCACCCGUCACUGGUGUGGAUGGAAAUCACAUCUUCUAUCAAAGGCUCGUUUGAGGCGCUCCAUUCAGAGACUGGCUUUCUAUCUUUGGAGGAAUAUGUGGAUUUCGGCAAAAAGAUGGCCCCAAACUUUUCCACCGACAGGGAAGAAAUCUACACCAUCUUCAAGCUGUAUAAGCAAGAACUCCUGCAAAAAAAUCUCUUUGAUGAAGGGGACCUCGUGUUUCAUGUCUACCGUCGUUUGCGUGAGGUCAAAACCCCAGAUUGGGCCAUCCAUGAGUUCUAUGUUGAUGAGACGCAAGAUUUCACUCAGGCUGAGUUAUCGCUGUUGAUAGAGAGUGCACAGGAUCCAAAUUCACUCUUUCUGACUGGGGACACAGCCCAGAGCAUUACGCGAGGAGUUGCCUUCCGGUUUAAGGACCUUAAAUCGCUAUUCCACUAUGCUAAUAAAUCCGCCGAGGCACAGGGCAAGCCAGCUGUGACUGUACCCAAGAAAGUCUACCAACUCACACACAACUACAGAUCUCACUGUGGCAUUUUAGACCUUGCUGCUACUGUGGUAGACCUGCUGGAGUCCUUUUUCCCUUUGUCCUUUGAUCAUCUGGAGCCUGAUCAGGGCCUGUUUGAUGGCCCUCUCCCUGUAUUCAGCGACUACGAAGUCAAACACCUUGUCUCACUGCUGGUAAAAAACAACGAGGAGAAUUCUGAUAUAGAGUUUGGCGCCGAUCAGGUAAUCUUGGUCAGAAAUGACUCAGAGAAGUCACUAGCGGUCUUCGACAAGUGCCGAGUAAUGACCAUAAAUGAGGCCAAGGGGUUGGAGUUUAAUGAUGUCAUCCUAUACAACUUCUUCAAGAAUUCACCCGCGGCUGACAAGGAGUGGCGAGCAGUCAAUGGCUUCAAACCCCGUAACCGCAGCAAUCAACGAGGGAGACGGUUGGAGGAAUAUAACCUAGAUCAGCUGUCCACGACUGAUCGGGCACAUCGUGAUGAACUGAAGAUCCUCAAUUCGGAGCUCAAGUUUCUGUACACAGCCACCACAAGGGCACGAAACAGGCUCUGGAUCUUUGAGGAAGGCAACAUGACUAUGCUUGACCUACUUCGUUCUAACAACUUGGUAGUAACAGAAUAUAAAUUUGUGAAUGAUCCAAGUCUAAUGAAGUGGAGCACGACGGCCAGCAGGUCGGAGAAUGAGAUGCGUGAACAGUUUGAUAAUCGACGUCAUCAUGAUGAUCCCAUCCAAAUGGAUCGGAGUACAAGGCCGAAGUACAAAGACUGUGCCAGUAAUGAACGUUUUGAGGCUGCAGCAAAGUGUGAGACUUGGCCCAAUUGGUCCAGAGGACAAGCGAUUCGUGGAAAGCAGCAGCAGUUGACUGCGAGGAUCUUAAAGGCAGCCAAAUUGCUGCAAAGGAAUAAUCUCCAGAUGUGUGUGGAGGCAGAAUGCCGUGCGAAAGCAGGUUUACAUGAGGUUGAGAUGCUCUGUAGAACUGGAGAUUUUGCACGGGCAGAAAGUGUACUACUGGAGCAGAGGGCUCUUCUAAGGCAAUUGAAAUCUCUUCUUGCGACAAAUCCAUAUGAGGAUGUGACGUUAAGAGAGUAAGAUUAAGAAUAAGUGUGCAUAGUUGUACUGGAAGAAAGCUCUUGUUUUGUCAUGUUUUGUUAGUCUCCAAGAAAUGGUUUGUCUAC